AUGGAAACAUCAAGACCGAAAACGAACCUCACCGACCUUCCGCCUGAGCUGCUCAACCACAUCACUGGCUACCUACCAACAGCUUCCUCAAUCGCCAGCCUCGAUCGCACCAGCCGAAGCCUUCACGAGUUCGUCGAGAAGAAUGCGUGGAAGACGUUCACACAGACUCGAUUCCCCUCAACAUGGCCGCAGCAGUCCCCAUCCUACAAAGACACCGCUCGUUCAUUAACGACAUUAUCAAAGGCGUGGGAGAAGCGGGCUUUCGUCGGCAGGUACACCGAACCUCGAGGGGACAUCACGGCAUUUCCGGGUGGAAAGCACAUCGACAGAUGGAAAAGACCGAGGGGCCAGACUAUUGGCUUUACGCCACAGCUUGACGUAUACGAAGAAGUUGGCGGAACAUGGCGAGACAGGACGGAGAUACUCGCAUUCAGCGCCGGGGCUGAGGUUUGCAUUCGAAGAACUAAGAGACAGCAUGAUGGAACAGAAAUUGUGAAGUGGACAACUUACCGGCCUCACUCUGCUGCCGAAGGGAAGGACGAUAUCACAGCACUGCAUCUUGUGCGAAAGAGCGAGGAUGAUCAUCAAGGACUGCUCACAGGAACAGCAAAUGGCGACCUCCAGCUGUUGUCUAUACCGCGCGCGGGGUCUUCAGGGCAAGAUCUUUCAAUCUCCUACUUUGCCACAAACGGGCUGCCGGUAAGGUCUACCAGUCUUUUACAGGAUGACAACCAUCCACUGUUACUGGCAGCCAAUCUUGGGGAAGCUAGGCUUGCGUUGUACAGUGUCGACCCAGGACAACCUAAGACCACUGCUUCCAGUCAAGUGGACAUCCAACCGCCUCUGCGAGCUGACGGCAAUCCAGCUUCAACCCAUCGAGCCUGGGUAACAAGCUUCUUGUCGCCGUCGAGACUAGGCGUCGGUGUUGGACCGUCAGAAGACCCGAUCCACAUUUACACGAUAGACGGAGCCGGCUUGUAUCCGAAGGCACUGCGCAAGUUCAGCUUGCAGAACGACUUUGAGAAGUCAUUUCCCCAACAAAAAACAACGUCGUCGGCCUACACUAUUGUGCCAUUGCCAUCCACAGUCGGCUCUACGGGUGACGGCAAUGUGUUCCUCUCUGGAGCGUACGACGGUAUCAUUCGCUUGCAUGACAUGCGCUCAAAUCGCGAUGUCGAGCAGACGUACGCAGCCGACGACAGUCCCAUCUACAGCCUCCUCCCCCGAGGCCGCGAGAAGCUGGUGGCAGGCACGAGUAGGCACAACCUGUUGAAAGUCUUCGACAUGAGGCUUGGGGCCAAAUGCUACAGCUAUCUAGACGCUAGUCCAGCAGCAGCUGGAGAUCCAGGAAUCAUUGAUCUUGAGAAAGAUUUCAAUGUCUUCCUACGCCCUAACAACUCUUCCUUCACUGUACGUGGCAGCAAUAACUGGUCCCAGGGUCGGAAUCGUCCCACGGAAUCUAGUGUCUACUCACUCGCAUCGCCAUCUGCACACUCGCCCUACAUAUACGCAGGAGUUGAGAAUGCGAUCAUGUCUUUGGCUUUUACUGAGAUCCUCGACCCUCGUCCGGAUCCAGUCUUCUUCGAACCAUGGUCCGCGCAGGCAGAGUCUCGGCCAGGCUUUAACACUCGCGUGAUCCAAUCUAAGGAAGUUCUUGGGCUCGCAAUGUACGAACAAGGCGCGAACAUGAAGCUCUGUGUUCAGAGGAGUCCGUGGGAGACGUGGAGGGCAAAUCCCCAGGGACGAAGGAAUCGGAGAGAGCAGGGAAGGCUAGACGAGAGAUGGAAAGGUGCAGCUGAGUUCGGGUCCUGA